AUGAUUGUUUUGAUGAGACAAUCUCAUAUAUCGAAUUAGCAUAGGUGGUUGUAAAACUUUAUAUACUAAUAUUUUCUGGAUAAAUUAUCCAGAAAAUAAUCAAAUAUUAAAUAUGCUAUUGAAGCUAGCAAAUUCUAUCCUUCUGUUGAUUGUGGUGUUAUUAAUAAUAAAAAAUUCAAAGAGUUGGGUAUUCAUUUCACUUCUUUGAUAACAGCUUUGGAAAAGAAAAUUGAUUUUUUUGUAAAAGAAACCUCAAAUUUAAGAAGCAGAAAACAAGGCACUUUAGAAAAACUUAUUAGAAAAUUAACUGCAUGA